CUGUGCCUUGAGCCGUGUGGCACCGGGAGGGUUACAGCUGGGGCCACUCCCAGUCUCCUGAGCCACUGCCCUUAGCAACGGUCCCGCCAGACAGGACGCGCCACUACUGCUGGGCAAGGCCAGAGGGGGCCAGUCGGAACAGGACGGCUCCAGUGCAGACAAAGAAAGGCCAGGCGAGCGGGCGAGGGGCAGUUGACCAGGGUGGGUGUCCCCCAGCCUCCGUCCCGUCUAGCAUGGAUUCUGUGGAUGCCACCGUGGAGAAGCUGCGGGCGCAGUGCCUGGCCCGAGGGGCCUCGGGCAUCCAGGGGCUGGCCAGGUUUUUCCGCCGCUUGGACCGGGACAGGAGCCGGUCCCUGGAUGCAGGGGAGCUCCGGCAGGGCCUGGCUGAGCUGGGGCUGAUGCUGGAUGUGGCCGAGGCCGAGGGUGUGUGCAAGCGCUGGGACCGCGAUGGCAGUGGGACGCUGGACCUGGAGGAGUUCCUGCGGGCGCUGCGGCCCCCCAUGUCCCCGGCCCGGGAGGCAGUCAUCACGGCUGCCUUCACCAAGCUGGACCGCAGCGGGGACGGCGUGGUGACCGUGGAUGACCUCCGUGGGAUGUACAGUGGCCGCACCCACCCCAAGGUGCAGAGCGGGGAGUGGACAGAGGAGAAGGUGCUCCGCCGCUUCCUGGACAACUUCGACGCCCCCGAGAAGGAUGGGCAGGUGACGCUGGCCGAGUUCCAGGACUACUACAGCGGCGUGAGCGCCUCCAUGGACACGGACGAGGAGUUCGUGGCCAUGAUGACCAGUGCCUGGCGGCUGUGAGCGGUGUCCCCACCCCCCCGGCCCCGCACCCUGCCGGCCCCUUGCUGAGCCCGGGCCACAGCGACUCUGGGAGGCGCCCGCAGCAGGGGAAGGGGGCCCGGGGAUGGGGAGGGCUGGAGGGGACUGCGUGGGGACAGGCCGUGGAACUGGCUGGACUGCCAGGGAAGCCCUGUCCAGCCACCAGGUGGAAGCAACAAAGGGCGAUGAGUCAUGGGCUCGGGGGCCCCCCGCCUGCCCCGUGCUGAACCCCAAGGCCUCACGCCUUGGUCCCCUCCCCCUGUCCAGGGGAUCCCGGCCCUGCAGCACCAGUACCAGGCCUCAGGGUGCUCGCCCGGCCCCUCCGGUGUGUCCCUGGGCGGCAGCAGGCUGAGGGACAGAGGCCCGUCUCGGGAGGCAGCCACGUCGGGUCACCUGCCCAGGUGCGCCAGCUUCCGAGGCCUCUGGGGCACGCGGGAGGUCAGGGUUUUAGUUAAAAGUUUUAAUGUAGUUCCCAAAUACAUUUCAUAUGACAAUCUUACAUAAAUGUUCCAAAACACA